AUAUAAAAGCACACGCAAUAAGUUGGCCUAAGCGGUAGGUACGAUAUUAGAGAGAGUUCAAGACGUUCUGGCCUCUGGACCGAUAAGCUGACACAGCAAGACCGGUCACAGGGAAAGGGUGCGACAGCUCAGUAGCUCAUUCGAUAUUUUACAGAUUACCGGAAGUCACACGCCUGCUAUUUCCUAUUCAUAAUCCACAUUAAUAUCAAAUUAUUUCAUCAGUCAUACGGAUACUAUCUGCAAGAGAAGGAGGUGCUAAAUAUAUUAGCCAUAUUCGUUCGUAUAUUUGGAAAAAUGUUUUCCUGUUUUUUCAAAAUGAAAUUCAAGCGGUUUAGUGAGAUUCUGCUACCGAAUCCGUUCUUAAUUUUGUGUCUGUUGUACAAUCCAGUCUUCGGUUCUGCUACAAGAUACCAAAAGAAUUCCUCGAAUGUCGGUGAUAUUCUCCUGAAUAUCUUCGGGGGACCUUUUGCUGUUGUGUCGUCGCAGGAUGAAGCGUCUUCUGCUUGUCAAGAACAUAGCAAGCUGUACCUGCAGGCUCUGGCCAACAUGACACCUUGGGCUAUCAACAUGUACGAUGCAUCCACCAAAAUUCCGUCAGGCCUGGUGACUGGCAACGUCCAGCAACUCGGUAACUACGACCAGUGUCUCCGUAUCGAGGUCCAGAACGGCGACGUACUGGCCUUCAGGGGACAGCAAUGUCGGGCCACCAUCCACUUCGAAGUCACUGGUGAGGACAGCGGCAACCGGACGAGAACUGACACUCGUCGGUCUCUGGAUAUGAAGGACCUCUUUUACGCCGCCUUGGAGGCAGCGGGCGUCUAUGACUGGAAGGACACUAAGAGUGCCCCCUACGUUUGGGCUUUCUGUGUGCCUUCAAGCUGCUCGACAACGGAUGUACAGAGGGCCCUACAAAAAUCACUGAGUCCCCUUACGGUUCCGGGUAGAGUAGAAGCGAUGGUCAGCGUGACGUCCUCAGACUGCCACGUGGCUGAUCCGACAGGCACUCAGCUCAGCGCCGCUGACUUAGGAAUUUUGGUCCUGUUGGCCGUGGUUCUGGUAUUCCUGAUUGCCAGCACGAGUUACGACCUUAUUGUCAGCAGGAAAUACGCUGGGAAGAAGUCGAAAGGCGUCGCGCACUCUGUACUGGUCAGCUUCUCGCUGACGACUAAUGGCAGGAACUUACUCAGCUGCUCCACUAGCUCUGACACCAUGCCCUCACUCAACGGACUCCGGUUCAUCUCCAUCUUCUGGAUUCUGCUGGGACACACCUACUAUAUGAAGUCUGUAAGCUCCAAUAUCAACAACAUUGUUGUCAAGCACUUCGACCAGAGCCUCAGCAUGAUGCUCAUAAUGAAUGGAACCCUGACGACGGACACUUUCUUCCUUCUGAGUGGAAUCCUCCUCGCCUACGUAUUCAUGCGCGACAGGCAGAAGAAACAGCCCUUCAACCUGGCCACGUUCUACAUUCACAGGUACCUCAGGCUGACGCCACCCUACGCCUUCGUAAUCUUCUUCUACGCCACUCUGCUCUCCCGCUUGGGGUCAGGACCUCUCUGGGACACAUGGGCAGGCGCGAACAGAGAUUACUGCGUGGCCAACUGGUGGACUAACUUGCUCUACAUCAACAACUACAUCAACCUGGAUCAGAUGUGCCUGAACCAGACGUGGUACCUUGCAGUCGACAUGCAGUUAUUCUGGUUGUCCCCUCUGCUUCUCUAUCCACUCGCCAGAUGGCCGCGAUUUGGCAAAGGGUUACUGGCAUUUGUCAUCUUCCUCUCUAUCAUCAUUCCAUUCGCAAUCACCUUCGCUGAGCGCCUCACCGCCGUCAUGCUCUACAAUAAGGACCUUCUGCCAGUAGCUGCUGUGUACUCAUUCAUCUACACCAAGACGUACGCAAGAGCAGGACCCUAUCUUAUCGGCAUCGCUUUGGGAUACCUUCUGCACGUCUUAAGAAACAAACACAUCAGUAUACCAAUGGUCUGGGUGGCACUGGGAUGGCUUGUGUCCCUGUGCUCGUGCACUGCUGUAGUUCUCAGUGCAGCAGUCUUCUACGACGAUAAUCAUAAGUACAACGCCUUCGAAUCCAGCAUAUACGCCGGGCUGCAUCGCUCCGCCUGGACACUAGGAGUCGCCUGGAUUGCAUUUGCUUGCACGAAAGGUUAUGGCGGCCCGGUGAACGCCUUCCUGUCCUGGAGACUGUUCGUACCCCUCAGCCGCCUCACGUACUCUGCGUACCUGUGUCACUAUGUGGUUCUUCUCUACAACGCCGGCAGCAUCAGGGCGCCUGGCUACCUCAGCGAGUACACAGUCGUACACGAAUUCGCAGGGAACCUCAUGUUCACUCUGGUGCUGGCAGCUGUCAUCAGCCUCGCGUUCGAAGUACCUUUCAUGAACCUGGACAGAAUCGUAAUCAAGCGGCAACCUCGAGAUGCCACGCCCACUGCCAAAGGAGUAAGCAUUGUUCCUGCUGCAGGAAACGCAGUCCAGCCCAGCGGUUUCCAUAGCAACACGAUUCAUCAAGAUAACAGGGAAGGAGCGCCCAGUGUGUACGUCAUAUCGGAGAAGACGUCACUUCCUGUAGUGCAGCUGAAAAGCUACGAGAACAAGGCUUUCGACGGCGGCCGCUGAGAAGUUUACAUCAUCUUCAUUCAUCUCGACAUGAAGCUGCAGUGUGAGGGUGACAAGAAAACAAAGAAAAUGUUUUGGGCUUGAAUAUUAUACGCUGGUGGACCUUGUUUAAUUGCCGCGUCUUCUCUUCGCUGGAUGAUAGGAUGGAAGUUCGAAUUUCUGUUAAUCUUGCGCCGUGAGUGAUGAUAUGUGUUCAGAAACAACAUUCCAUUCUCUUUUGCGCAGUCGCGCAUGUGUUCGAGUCAACUUGAUCCAGCAAUGCGCAGAAAGGUGAAGCAGGUCAGUCUGCCGCCUGGCUUUGUGAGCAGGAAAUUCACUGGUAGUUGUUGUAGAGCAGAGAUUCUUUUUCUUCUUGUACGUCGAUACGUAUCCCCACCACAUUAUAAAAUUCCCUCUCCUUCUGCUCUCUUGAGCGACCAAACUUCACGUCUGGCGCGAGAUAUCUUGGCGUUCAUCCUCACACAGUCGAAUAUCGUAACAUUCUAUUGGUUGUGAUUGACACAAGAGUUUUCUAUGGCAAGAAAAUUGCAAUUGUUACUUGAUUUUUCUUAAUUAAGCACAUUACAUCUCGUAUGUAAUUUAAUCUGCCACGCUCCACAAUUUUAUUAAAUAAUUCCUUUGACUAUGAAAGAUGAAAGCAGUUCGUCAUCGGAAAAUAACGUAAGUCUAAGAAAAGAGAUUAAUUAAAUAAUUUUCCUGGGGAGUAAAGCGCGGCCGGCGCGUAAGGCUGACAACAUUACCGCCAUCUUUGA